UAAAAACUCCUUUUUUAUUGUUUUUGUUUCUUGCUUUUUUCCUCCCUCAAUUGAUUCUUUCCAUCUCCUACAGCAAAAAAAAAUGACCACAGCUCAGUUGCCACCCACCUUCUUGAAUGAUGACAAUGUUGAGUCAUUUUUGAACAACCCUACUGUUAAGCAAAAAGAGCAGCCUUCCCUGGCAAUGGGAGAAGAUAUACACUACUUGAAUAAAUUAGCAACGUUCUCUGAUGAUGAUGACAGUGCUUGCUCUUUUGAUGCAGACGAAGAUGAUAAGCUAUUGACGCCUCCAAUGACAGUAACACCUGGAUCAGAAAUUCAAAAGCCUUGUAUUACAAUAGACAACACAGUGCAAAAACAGGAACGCUUGGAAGAAAAAAACAACAAAUCAGAAAGCAUCGAUUGGGGUAAUCAUUGUUAUAUAACUUACACUAAAAUGAUGGUCUUUACAAUUAGGGUCCUUAAUAAACAUGCUGUGCUUUCAUUUGACUCCAUUAGAGUUCUGGUCAAAAGUAAUAUCGGAUUAUGAGCGAUUCACCCAAUCAGAAUUGAAGCUAUUGUCGUUCCAAGUUCAACACGGAAUCCCCGCAGCUUUAAGAGGAACUAUAUGGCCACUGCUGACUAGGAAAUCCGAUCUAGAGCUACAGGAUUUAUAUAUCGAUUUACUGAAACAAGACUCAGUUUAUGAAAAAGCCAUUACACGUGAUCUACAUCGUACAUUUCCACAUCAUUCAUUUUUCCAAACAUCUGAAGGCCAGGAGGCUUUAUUUAAUGUAGUCAAGGCAUAUUCCAUCUAUGAUUCAGAAGUAGGAUAUUGCCAAGGUUUAUCCUUUGUUGCGGGGCCUCUACUACUACAUAUGCCAGAGGAAGAAGCAUUUUUUGUUCUUGUUCAACUCAUGCAUAAAUACAAACUAAGAGGCCAUUAUACGCCUCAACUGGAUUUGUUACGGCAACGAUUAUUUCAAUUUGAUGGGCUACUCCAGGACCAUUUACCCCAUAUACACAGACACUUUGACGAGCAAGGCGUACGAUCGAAUAUGUAUGCAUCGCAAUGGUUUCUGACUUUAUUUGCGUAUAAAUUCCCGCUUGAUGUUGUAUUUCGUAUAUAUGACAUUUUUUUCAUUGAAGGAGUAAAUUGCCUUUUCCGUAUUGGUCUGGCAUUAUUAUCAAAAAACCAGUCAAUUAUAUUAUCACUCGACUUUGAUAACUUAGUGACUUAUCUAAAGGAUGAUAUGCUCUCCAUUUACAACGAAAAUAUCACAGGCUUACUCAGUGAAUCAUUCAAUAUUAAAAUCGCAGAACGACGAUUAAAUAGAUUAGCAAAAGAAUACCAGGUACAAACAGCCAAAGCCGAUACAGAGGCAUUACAAUUGGCGUCGUUACGAAAAAAAAACCGUGUCUUAUCAGAAAGUUUCCAACGCGUGAAAGCAGAAAAUGAACAUUUGAAGAAAGAACAUGCGUUAGUUGCAGAAGAAUUACUUCAGAAAAAGCUCGAGCUUGUGAGCGUCCGUGAUGAAAAUGAAGCAUUGAAACAGCAGGUUAAAGAGCUGCAAAAAAUGCUUGAAGUGAUACCCAGCCAGAUUGAAAGCCAAAUGCAAGCCGAUAUGGACACUUUAUGUGUAAAGAAUCGAACACUGAAUGAACAAAAUGCACAGCUUCAAGACCAGUUAGCAGAUAUUGAAAAGCUAGCCAUCGAAAUGAAGAUAAAAUAUGCACACAGCGAGAUUGAAAGAGAAGCCUUAAAGCAAAAGUUGAACGAUUUGAAAAGAUGGAUGAAGAAUGUGUAAUCUUGCUGUAUGAAAAUUGCCUUACUGUAACAUUAGUUCCUCUCCUUCACUGUAAUAAAAACUUGCCUUUGUUCUUUGCCCCCAAAAAAAUUCAGCGCAUAUCAAAGGAAAACUUUAAUGUUUACCAUUAGAGGAAAAAAAGAGCAAGGCUCUAGCUUUUUGUGAAAGG